AUGAGCGAGGGCAGCUUGGAGACUGUCGCGCUCCCACCGCUCCAGCUUCCGGAGGAGGGGGGCGCACCCCAGGCUCCCGCGGACGCCAGCUCUACUCCCCAGCUCCCAACUGAUGGGGCUCACGGUCGUGGAGGGGCCCGAGUGGGACCAGAGGAGGUCGGGCCACCCACGGAGGGCAGGGAAGCAACCUUUGCCUCUGGGGCAGCCAACAGCAGCCUGGGAAAUGGUUUUCAGUGUGAAACUGGCGGGGAGAAGGCCCUAGAAACCUGUGACACUGGGAGAUCAGAGUCUGAGCUGACGGCUGGAGGGAAGGCGGCGGAAGCUAAGACCGAAAGGGGCCCCAUCUUUCCAGAAGCAGUGAACCAGGAGGAGAGGGUUGAAGUGGAGAAGCCAGUGGGUGAGGAAAGGGAAGUGGUGGAGGAACACAGAGGGGUAGAGGAGGCAAAGGGCGAGGCAGGGGCCCCAACCCGGAGUGAGGGUCUCCACCGGAAAGCCCUGGAGUCCAGCCAGCUGGAAGUGGACGCCGGGAACGCUCAGGCUGACCCGGCCUUCCUCCAGGUGGAGCGCAGGUACAGGCGCGUGCGUCAACACUUCCUCCAGUGGAGGAAGCACGUCAUUCGGCACAUCCCCGGCUUCUGGGUCACUGCCUUUCGGAACCACCCGCAGCUAUCUGCCCUGAUUAGCGGCAGAGACGCAGAGAUAUUAAGCUACUUAGCCGAUUUGGAGGUGAAAGAGCUCAGACGUCCUAGGAUGGGCUAUAAAUUCAAGUUCCUCUUUCGAAGAAACCCAUACUUCAGAAACAAGUGGCUUGUGAAGGAAUACGAGGUCACACCCUCCGGCCAAGUGGUGUCUUUUUCCACUCCGAUCACAUGGCACCCGGGUCAUGAAGCCCAGGUCUUCCUUUAUAGGAACCAAGACCUCAUGUGUGGCUUUGUUGCCUGGUUUUCAGACAACAGCCUUCCAGAGCCUGACAGGAUUGCUGAGAUUAUCAAAGAGGACCUCUGGCCAGAGGCACUGCAAUACUACUUACUGGAUGAAGCACCCCACAGAGCUAGACUUCUCCAGAUCAGGGGACCAGCGGAGACCCCCAGGCCCCCUGGGUUCCCAUCUGGCUAA